UGGACGGCGACCUGCGAAGUCUGUGCCGUAGAGGGUUGUGCGGGCCAGAGGGUCACGGGAGGGGCCGGGAGGCGUGGGGAAGUUGCGCAGCGAUGACGGGAGGUCGGUAGACUCCGUGGACAGGACAGGACUGGACGUUCAUGAUCAUAUCUCACAGGACACAAGUUGUACCUACAUCUUAGUUUAAAAUACGUUAUAGAUAGUUUGUGAGAUGAGUGACUUAGAAGAUGACGAUGUCCCCCAGCUUUCUUCCCACGCCUUAGCAGCUCUCCAGGAAUUCUAUGCUGAGAAGAAGCAAUGUGCCUACCCAGGUGGAGAUGACAAAUACAAUGUUGGGAGAAUAGAAGAGAAUUGGCAAUUGAGCCAGUUUUGGUACAGUCCGGAAACUGCUUUGCGCCUUGCUAAGGAAGUGACUGCGGCUGCUGGGGAAGGUGGAAGGGUGGCCUGUGUGAGCACCCCUAGUGUUUACCAGAAACUGAGAGAGCUGCACAGAGAAGACUUGGCUGUAUACCUCUUUGAGUAUGACAGAAGAUUCUCCAUUUAUGGAGAGGAGUUUAUCUUCUAUGAUUACAAUAAUCCACUGGACUUCCCUGUAAAUAUUGCCCAUCAUAGUUUUGACAUUGUCAUAGCGGAUCCCCCCUAUCUUUCUGAGGAAUGUCUCAGGAAAACCUCAGAAACCAUCAAGUACCUGACUCAGGGCAAGAUUCUGCUGUGCACAGGUGCUGUCAUGGAGGAAGAGGCAACAAAACUUCUUGGUGUGAAGACGUGCAAAUUUAUUCCAAAGCACACCCGGACCUUGGCAAAUGAGUUUCGCUGUUACGUGAAUUAUGACUCUCAGCUAGACCAUGAUGUGUAAAUGUAGACAGUGUAUAAUGCAGGACAGGACACUGUGUGACAUUCCCCUCUUUAUUUUCUUAGUAGGUUGUGAAGCUAUGCACUCGGUCAUCACACUUUUGGAUAAUUUAAAAUUGACUUAAAAGAUCACUCAGUAUUGUCCUUGGCUGGCUUGCUCAGUGGUUACAGCAUUGGUCUGUGGUCUUGGGUUUGGUUUCCAGUCCAGGAUGCGUACCUGGGUUGCAGGUUCGAUUUUUUUCUCUGUCCCCCUCCUCUCUCCCUUCCACUCUCUAAAAGCAAUAUAAAAAAUGUCCUCGGGUAAGGAUUAAAAAAUAAUAAUAAAAGAUCAUCAGUAUUUUUGAGACAUUUAUAUUUUUAUCAUAAACUGAGAUGUUAAAUAUUCAGUAAAUGUUCUUUUAAAAAAUAACCCCUAUGAUAAUAUUUCCUUAAGGUUGCUAAAAAUUAACUAAGGAGGUAACACAUACUAUAACAAAUCAUGUGUAGAAAUGUAAUGUGUAAUUUAGGAAUGGUGGGCAAGUAGCAGUAUAGAAAUAACAAUUUUAGUUGGUCUAUAAAUCUAGCCUGUAAGAUGAGGGAAACCUUUUCUCCAUGGGGGUAGAGGAAGGAAGAGGCAAAGCUUUACUCAUAUAAAAAUGUAUUUUAAUAAGCA